UGUCAGGUUAUCUUUUGGGUAUACGGUAGGUUGGUACAUUUCUUUAGAAAUUUCAUGAGUUCUUAUUUGUACAUGGUGUUUUACUCUUCAAUUUUUACAAAGCUAGUUUGUUUUGUUUUUAGUAGCCAGGCUUUGAAUGCACAAAUUGGCUUUUCUAUAAGUUUGUAUGAUUCUCUCCCCAACCUAGAUGUAUAUGUCAGGCUUCUCUAAUGAAAACUUCUUAUGAGGAGUGUUUUAUUACCUAACACUUCUAUACCAAAUGCCAGUUCUUACUCUCAGGUCCUUAUCUGUGAGGGUCAUAGAUAUGAACAUGUCAGAUACUUUGUUUAGAAAAAAAUUAAUCCAUUUCUUUCCCACAUCUCAUUCUGGAAGAGUCUAUCCAAUGGAAUACAACACAAGGCAUGCUAAAAGGAGGCCCCGCUUCAUGGAAUAUUGGAAGUUUCAAGACAAUGGAGUUCAGCUCGUACCAUAAAAUGGAACUAUUUGCCUUUACUCUUUUUGUUUUGUUUUGUUAACACUCUCCUUAUUUUUCUCCCACCCUUCUCCCCUCAAAAAACAAUCUUCCCCUUUGAAGGUGGGGGGAGGUGGGGAGGGUUAGGUUUAGGACUUGGCAAAGUGUUAAAACAUUGACGUAAUCAGUUUUACACAAAUUGUGUGUUAGCUAGAAAACUGAGGACAUUCCUUACCAAACCAUGACAAUGUACUGCCAUAACUUAAUAAAAACUGCCCAAGUGACAGUGUGUCUUCUGAAUGGAUUUUCUUACACCAUCUGGUUGUCAUUGUUGUUCUUUUGUUAUUGCUUUCAUUUGAAAUAUGCUGAUGAUCUUGUUUUUAUUCCGUAGCAUUGAACAGAUGGGUUGAUUAUUCUUUUCAGAUAUUAAUAAGGCAGCGGAAAGAAGAAAUAUGAAUACGGCUCCAUCAAGACCCAGCCCCACAAGAAGAGAUCCAUAUGGCUUUGGAGACAGUCGAGAUUCAAGACGUGAUCGAUCCCCAAUUCGAGGAAGUCCAAGGAGAGAGCCCAGGGAUGGAAGAAAUGGUCGUGAUACCCGGGAUAGCAGAGACAUGCGAGACCCCCGAGACUUGCGGGACCACAGAGAUAGAGACGUUCGGGAUCACAGAGACAGCAGAAGUAUGCGUGAUGCUCGGGACAUGAGGGAUCUUAGAGACUUCCGUGAUCUAAGAGACUCUAGGGAUUUUCGAGAUCACCGAGAUCCCAUGUAUGACAGAUACAGAGAUAUGAGAGACUCCCGAGAUCCCAUGUACAGGUACAUGAGAGAGAGCUCUUAUGACCGAUACCUGCGAAUGGAUGACUAUGGCAGGAGAAAGGAUGACUCUUACUUUGACCGUUACAGGGAUAGCUUUGAUGGAAGAGGCCCUCCAGGCCCAGAAAGUCAGUCUCGUGCAAAAGAGCGUUUGAAACGUGAAGAACGGCGUAGAGAAGAGCUUUAUCGUCAAUAUUUUGAAGAAAUCCAGAGACGCUUUGAUGCUGAGAGGCCUGUUGAUUGUUCUGUGAUUGUGGUCAACAAGCAGACUAAAGAUUAUGCGGAAUCUGUGGGGCGGAAGGUACGAGACCUAGGCAUGGUAGUGGACUUGAUCUUCCUCAACACAGAGGUUUCGCUGUCACAAGCCCUGGAGGAUGUUAGCAGGGGAGGGUCUCCUUUUGCUAUUGUCAUCACCCAGCAACACCAGAUUCACCGCUCCUGUACGGUCAACAUCAUGUUUGGAACCCCACAAGAGCACCGCAACAUGCCCCAGGCAGACGCCAUGGUGCUGGUGGCCAGAAAUUAUGAGCGCUACAAGAAUGAGUGCCGGGAAAAGGAACGCGAGGAGAUUGCCAGACAGGCAGCCAAGAUGGCCAAUGAAGCCAUUCUACAGGAAAGAGAGCGAGGAGGCCCCGAUGAAGGAGUACGCGGGGGCCAUCCUCCAGCCAUCCAAAGCCUCAUCAACCUGCUGGCAGACAACAGGUACCUCACUGCCGAAGAGACUGACAAGAUCAUCAACUACCUGCGAGAGAGGAAGGAGCGGCUUAUGAGGAGCAGCACCGACUCUCUGCCUGGCCCGAUUUCCCGCCAACCACUCGGGGCGACCUCGGGUGCCUCGCUGAAGACACAGCCAAGCUCCCAACCGCUCCAGAGCAGCCAAGUGCUCCCCUCUGCUACACCCACUCCAGCUGCGCCCCCCACCUCCCAGCAAGAGCUUCAGGCCAAAAUCCUCAGCCUCUUCAAUAGUGGCACGGUUGUGGCCAAUAGCUCUGCAUCUCCCUCAGUCGCUGCCGGAAACACCCAGAACCAGAAUUUUUCCACAGCCGUAAACAGCCAGCCUCAGCAAAGAUCACAGGCCUCUGGUAAUCAGCCUCCAAACAUUUUGGGACAGGCAGGAUCUGCUCAGAACAUGGGCCCCAGGCCUGGGGCUCCUUCCCAGGGCCUCUUUGUCCAGCCUUCCAAUCGCCUGGCACCUGCCAGCAACAUAGCUAGCCAGAGGCCGGUACCUUCCACAGGUAUCAACUUUGACAAUCCAAGUGUACAGAAGGCUCUGGACACCCUGAUCCAGAGUGGCACUGCUCUCUCGCACCUGGUUAGCCAAACCACAGCACAGGUGGGGCGGCCCCAGGCACCCAUGGGAUCUUACCAGAGGCAUUACUGAGGCUCAAUCUCAACUAUUCCCAGCUCCCUCGUCCCCGGCCGCCUCCCAUCUAUUGUGUUCUAAGUAGUUAUUUGGAGGAUGUUCUUUGAGCCUAUCCAGGUCACAUCAAAUGUCAUAAGUUUCUACCAUCUGCUCUCUCUUCUGCCCAAGGCUGUUGCUUAUUCCUUCCAGAGUCAGAGUUUGUACUGCAUUUGGGGUUGUGUAUUUUUGUUGUUGUUGUUUUUGUUUUUUUGUAGAAAAUAAAUAUUUCUGGGGUCACUUGGGUGGCAGUAUAGGUGUCUGGGCUCAGUUGAUAUUUUAUGGGUUUCAAACAUGAGUUUCUCUGGUCUCUCUGUCACCUGGAUUUGGGGGGUGGGGAAGAAGAAACCAAGCCCCAAUUGGCUGAGUUUGGAAUGGCAUUUUCAUGUCAAUAGCCUUGGUUUGUUUUCCAGCCUCACAGGCCCAUCAGAGCUCCAGCUCCUAUCUGCAGCUCCUGCCCAGAGUUACCUAGCAGACUAGGCUCAGCAGGCAUGGUGUCAUUGUGCCCCACCCCUGUGUUGAGGGGUCUGCUCAAGGAUGUAUAAUUUAGCUACUCUGGAGUUCAGGAGUGUCCAUGGCAGCCACACAAACAAUACAAUCUUCUGCCUGACCCAGUAUUGUUGGUUUUGGGUUUUCUCAUUUUUCUCUUUUGCUCUCAUUUCAUUGGAGGAUCUCCAGUGGACUGAACAAUUCCAGUCACCAGCAGUUUAACACAAACUGUGAAUCUGGGCCCCAACUAUUCUUACCCCCCUAACAUUUCCAUCAACCUCUCCUUCUCCAGGGGUAGUUUGAUGGAAUCAGUUCUGAGAAGGCAACUCUAGACUCUGGCAUUGAACACCCAUUUUUUCAGUGGUUUGAGUUUUGGGCUUAAAAAUCAAUCUCUUAUUUUCUGAAUAGCAGGAGGUAGGGACCAUUUUGAUGUCAGACUUUUGGUAGCUGGACAUGGAGGAUCUUGAUACAGGUGGCUGUUCAUAACUUUUGAGCCAGAGUGAAAUUAUUGGAGGGAGGACUUCUGGCUGCUGCUCUAAGUGGAGCCAAAGGAAGCUGCCCUCUCCCUAGGGAUGGUGCUCAUUAGAGCCCUGUGCAUCACAGUCUCAAGGGGCCUCUGGCAGAGACGAGGGAGAACAGUGACUUCAGCUGAGUCCUGCCAGUGGCUAAGCAAACAAUGGUUUAAAAAACUCAAGGUCCCCAGAUGGCAGCGUUUUAUGUUCUGAUCUGUUUGUGUUAUAUAGUGUUUUUCCCUUUUUGGAACUUGUGUUGUUGAUAAGAUAAGAUGAUUACUUUUUAAUUAAAAUGAAAAAGGAAAUGUGUCGUCUUUUUGGAGUGUGACUACCUGCAGGACCUCUUGGGGGCAUUCCCUCUGAGGGUUGGAACGUGAGGGUCCCUGGAAGCACUGACUAGUUUCAGUCUGCUGUGAGGCCUGCUCCUUCUUGUCCUCAACCUGUGCUCAGGCCUCGAAACCUCUUUUAACCCUAGCUUCUCGUCAGCUCACCUAGUUAGCAGCUUUAAUAACAGUUCGGAGCAGAAGCCUGCUGUCUAAUUAUAAUGCUGUUAAACAUCCUUGUUUGUGGUAGAAUUUCUGUGUGUCAGCAGGCUUGUCCUCUUAUUCUAGGAAAGGAAAAUAGGACCAUGAGGAGGCCAUUUCUGGCAACUGGCCAGUGGAGUGGGUUACUCUCCUGUUUUGAUUUCAUCUCAGUUGCCACCCUCUGUUCUGCCCAUUAUGCAGGGAGUUGGGAGAACCAUAGAGUUACAGAAUCUGUAGGAGCCUUCAAGAGCAUUUAAUAAUAGCCGGCCCACCAGGAAACGGUGUGGGUGUGUGAAGUGACUGGCACAAGGCCUCCAGUGGGUUAGGGGCCAAAAUACAGACAGCACUGAACCUGACUGAUCCCUACUCACUAGCUCAUGGGGUGAUGUUCGUGCAGUGUUCUCUACUGGCCCCGGCUGCCAGUUCCUUCGUCCCUUGAGGACAGGGCCUCAAAACUGUCAGUACACUGACGAGGCAACCAGACCUGAGGGCUCAGCCCAUCCCUCCUCUCAGGGAAAGUCAGUGUUUCUGAUAGUCUGGGGUCCUCCUGGAGAGCCACGCUGAGUAAUCCUCUUCCCAACUACUAAUUCUUCCCCUCGUAUGUCCAACCAGCACACCUCAGGCUGUGAAGGGUAUAAUAAAAUUAUUUUUAUUGCAUUUUGUGCAGACAGGAGUCUAAAAAAUACAGUAAAAGCUGUAAAGCAUUAAAUGGGAGCAUUCAACAGUAAAGGAAAGACCAACCCUCUCCUUUUCAUAUUGGCACAAAAAAA